AUGGAAGAACAGCUAAUAUCGAAGGCCGUUCGUGAAGACUUGCGGCUGCGCUGGCCCGACAGUCCCGCGCGCCUGGUGUGUCGCGAGCUGGACUAUUACAACGAGCUCAUCGCUCAUGGCAGGAAGACCCAAGCCCCGUUCCCGUACCACCUAGCGGACUACAUCUGCCGUGUGCUGCGCAUCUCCCCCUUCCGCUACUACAGCGACCUGCUGCUCGAUGUCAUGAAGCAAGAGAAGUCGUACGACACGAUUCCCAACUUCACAGCAGCGGAUGCGCUGAGGGAGACGGGCAUCGGGCGCAACCAGUUCAUCGACAUUAUGAACCGCGCCCGUGCCAAGCUGAUGUGGAGGGUGAACCGGGGCAUAGUGAAGGACAUGCUGCCACUGGAGCCAGUGCCCUUCCCCAUCCAGCCCUGGUGGCUCGUCUGCGUCGUCAACCUCACCGCUGACGAGUACAGAAGGCUGACGGAGGAUGAGCUGAGUGUGAUAGAGAGGGGCGGGCACGAGGGCGACUGCAUGGCGGGCGAGUUUGACGACGACCUCGUGCGCUCGCUGCACUGCAAGGGCCUCGUGUACCUCGAUGUGCCCGUCUACCCCAACGACCGCUUCCGGGUAUCGUCUCUGGAGGGCUUUGUGUCCAACAGGAACCAGCAAGGAGAGGACGCUUCCGAAAAGCUGCUCUACUUGCUCUUCGUCACAGCCAGCCACAGUGCACCAGCUGGCGCUCACUCUUCAAGCCGAUGUGCUGCAAACAUCCAAUCACUCACCCCCAACCCCCCCUCCCCCCACUUCCUCUCCUCCCUCCGCAGGCUGCUCUAUUCUCUCUUCGUCACAGCAAGCGAGCAGGCCACGGUACACGAGAUGGCCCUCACCCUACAAGCCGACGUGCGGCAACUAGGCGCCGCCAUCUCCCUCGCAUGCCGCCUGGGGUGGGCCGAGAAGGUGCUGGACCUGCACUCCCUGCUCGACCACAUGGACAUGGGAGGGGAGGGAGACACCAGCGAUGGGGCCCUCGGCAGCGAGGGGUUCGGUGCUGGAGACGGGGGCUGGAGGGUGGCCAGCACAGCAGGUCUGCCCAAACCACAAAACUUAACCCUCUCCUUCUCCCUCGCUCCUGGAUCCUCUGCACCCCUCACUUUCACGUCCCUUGCAGAGCUAAAGCAGCAUGCAGUGACUCUGUUUGAGGCAGGCAAGCUGUCAGAACGCAGUGUGGCGGAGCUGUGUGGGGAGCUGCGGGCGGUGGAGAAGACACAGCUGGAGGGCGAGCUGCAGAAGUUCACAGACCACGCCUUCAGCCUCCGAUACGCCCUCUCCUGCCUCCGCACCGGCACCAUUGACAUCACCUCCGCCCUCCACACUCCCCGCCCUGCUUCUUCUGCCGCUGCCGCCACCGCAGCAGCUAUCGCACCACCCCACCCUGCCCCUCGCUCUUCACCCUCUAGUCAGCCCAGUGCUGCCAGUGACCCUCCAGGCUCUUCGGACUCUGCACAGGGGGCGGCUGUGGGGGCUGCUGCUGCAGAUGCGCCUGCCCCAGAUGACACCUGGUCCACGCGCAGUGUGGCCGACUCUGCCUCUACUGUCGACCCCUCAGACCUCCCCCUCCCCAUCCCCUCCCACCUCGUCGCCUCCUCCUCCUCCCAGUCCCUCCCUGACUCUGUCAGCACAUCACAACCCACCUCCUCACAUGCCGACUCCUCAACCGCACCUGAUGGUGUUUCAGGCAGCAGUGGGGCAGGCUCGGAGGGGUCCCGGCUGCAGGAGAAGCCGCUGCACCCACGGGCUGCCUCGUACCCGGCACUGGCAGCAGCAGAGGCCGGCGAUGAUGACGGCUCCUCUUCUCCUGCUGCCCCUCCCCCUCCCGCUGCGGCCACAUUACCACCAUUACCACCAUCAUCAGCAGCAACAGCAGCAAUGGCUAACCGAGCGACGUUCAACCGGGUGGAAGUGCUGCGAACAGAGAGCCUACAGGGGCUAGCACCCGCCACGCUGCACCGCCUGCUGCGCCGGGACUUUGACCUCGUCGUCUCCAUUGUCCCCCUCCCCAAGCCCCUCAACGCCGUCGUCCCCGACGGCUCCGGCCCGGCUCACUUCGGCCCGCCCGCCCCGGCCUUCCUCUCCCCGUGGGCGAAGCUGUUCCUCUACGCAAAAACCGCCUCUGGUCCGGUUUCUGUGGUGCUGAUGAGAGGGUUGAGGCUCCGGCUGCUGCCACCGCCGCUGUUGACGUGUGACAAGGCGUUGGUGUGGACUUGGGAUGGGAUGGGGGUGGGGGGAGUGGGGGCGAAGAGUGAAGGGUCGCUGGUGCCUGGGGCGGUGCUGCUGCAUGUGAUGAACAGCCUGCUUCGACACUCUGCUCUCAUGGUUCAGCCUCUGGCCGCCCCCCCUGCUCCUGCUCCUGGUUUCUCCCGCACUGGGUCGAACUCAGCAGCGAGAGCAGCAGGGGGAGGGGGAGGCGGAGGGGAGGGUGGGUUGUGGGGUGCGGAUGGGGCAGUGGAGGGGGUGGGGGAGGGCGUGGGGUGUCUUACUGAGGAAGGGGAGCCGGACAUUGCCACGGUUGCUCUCCCUCUGCCCCCUCGCUCUCGGCCUGACUCCAGUGAGUCACGAGCAGCAGAGAAAAGGGAGGCAGUUGAGGGUGCCGUGCUGCAGCAGCAGAAGCAGCAGGGUGGGGGGAGAUCACUAGUAAGGACGAGGUUGGGGGGUUCUGAAGCCACAGGGGAAGCGGUGGGUGGUGGGGCAGGAGGGGACGAGGGAGACAGGAGUGAGGGAGGAGAGGGCGGGGGGGUGAGUGAAAGCACUGGUGGUGGUGAUGGCGUAGGGGCAGUGGAGCAGGGAGCAGGGCAGCAGUGGGAGGUGGAGGAGGAGUCUCCAGUGGUGGCAGCAGCCAGGCGAGCAGCAGCAGUUCUGGCAGUGGACGCUGUGGGAUUCGUUCGGGUUAUCCGCACAGAGGCAGGCGAGGAGGAGGACGAGGAGGAAGAGGAAGGUGGUGGUGCUGCCAGCACUGGCACUGCCAGUGGGGAAGGGAGGUUGAGAAUAGACGUCAGUGGAGCAGACUUGGGAGCAGCAGGCAGCGGGGGACUCUCACAGAAGCAGCAGCAGCGGCGGCGGCGGGGCGAGUGGGUGGCGCACAGUGUGGAGUUUGGCAUUCCUCUGUUCGACACGCAGCUGUGCUGCCAGGUGUGCGACGCCGUGGUCUCUCACAGCAUGCUCACCCUGCCCCAGCUCGCCUCGCAGCGCCGCUCCACUCUCUCUCUGCGCUCCGCCCUCCGGGAAUUCAUCUCUGACUAUCGCCAGCACGGCCCCGUCUCCCGGGCUGUCUACACCGGGAAUGUGGCUCUCCUGCGGUCGACCUCCCGCCGUUGGUCUGCUUCGUUUGCUGCCUCCACUGCUGCUGCGUCUCCCUUCUCGGUGCUGCUUCCGAGACGGACUGACCCCUAUGCACAAUCAAAUCGUGAUCCAAGCUUCACGUCGGAGGAGGAAGAGGACGAUCUCUCCCGCCCGGCAUACCCCGGAGUGAAUAUGAUCUUUGAUGGCCACCUGCUUCUGCCCAUCGAUCUCUCAACCUAUCUGCACGGGCGGCAAGCGUCGACUCUUGUGGCCCGUGCAACCUCCAUGUCCCAGCAAUCCAUCAUGUGGUGA